UGGUGUUCUGCCUGCCAUCAAGAGGGAAGCUGGUGUCCCCAGGAGAGCCUGGAGCAGGCACUGCAAAGGGUGCUGAGCUUGGGGAAGACCCCCACACACUCUUGUUGAGGUGUCUGAAGAAACACUCGGGAGCCAAAAUGAUGGGUGGCUGCCCAAGAACCCACUGAGGCACAGAUUCUUCAGGAAGCCUCUUACUGAGAGCCAGGAGUGCAUCUGUGGAACCCACGUUCCCAGGGCAACUGAAAAUGGAGAGAUGAGCGCCCUGAGGAUAUGGACGCAGAGCGAGAAGCCCUGCAGUGCACUGCCUACCCCGAGGUGCAGAGCUUCUGCCGGAAACACGGCUUGACAUUCGAGGCGGUUGAUCUGAGAUGGGGCGUCCCAGACACGCAGGCUGCGGACCGCUUGACCACAGAACUUUGCUUAGAAGAACUUGACCGCUGCCAGAGAACGUCUGUAGGACCAGCUUUUGUGGCUCUCCUGGGCGACCAGUAUGGCCCCUGUCUGGUUCCCCAACGAAUCGAGGAGAAAGAGUGGGAGGCACUAAGGGCCCAGCUGACCUCCAGGCCUCGAGAUCUAGAACUGGUGGCCAGGCAUUUCCGGAGAGACGACAACGCCAUCCCUCCCACCUACGUGCUGCAGUCUGCAGGUUCCUUGGAGGUCCCAAGGCCUGAGGAGGCCACCUUGACCUCUGUCCUGCAAGGCGGAGCCCAGGAGGCCCGGAGGCUGGGCCUCCUCAGCCAGGAGCAAUGGAAGCGCUACCAUCGAUCAGUCAUUGAGUGGGAGAUUGAGCAGGGCCUCCUUAGCUCAGCACGAGGGGACCAGGGAGCCACUGUCUUCCUGAGAGACGUGCAGGACCUCAGUAAACACAUCUUGGACGAUUGCUCUCUGAAGAUGGUUGAUCGCCUGGCAGACGGCUGCCUGGACACGGAUGCCCAGAGUCUUCUCAGCGGCCUCAAGGGACGCAUCCUGGAUGCUCAGCCCGGAGCCCUAAAGUCCCACCGCCUGCCCUGGAGCCGAGACCUGGUCAAUCCUAAGAAUAAGGCCCACGCUCGCUACCUGAAGGAGCUGAGCGAGCAGUUCGUGGCCAGGACCAACCAUCAAGUCCUGGAGCAGCUGCGAGAGCUAGAGUCAGGCAGACAGGAGCUGGGCUGGCUCUACCAGGAGAUCCACCACCACCUCUGGCGGGGUGCAGAGUCCACCAGAAUCUUCUGCGGCCGGCAGGAGCUCCUGGCUCAGCUGGGGAAGCGGCUCAGACAAGAUGACAGCUGGCCCCACACUCCGUUGAUUCUCUUUGGACCUCCUGGCAUCGGGAAGACCUCCCUCAUGUGCAAGCUAGCUGAGCAGGUACCAGGGCUUCUCGGCCACAAGACGGUGACUGUCCUGAGGCUGUUAGGUACAUCAACCAUGAGCCUGGAUGCCCGAAGCCUCCUCAAGAGCCUGUCCUUCCAGCUGUGCUUGGCCUACGGGCUGCCACUGCCCCCAGCCCAGGUCCUGGAGGUCCAUGCCAGGCUGGGUCACUUCUUCCACACCCUCCUCCACACGGUGUCCCGCAGGAACUUUGAGUCCCUGGUGCUGCUCCUGGACUCGGUGGAUGAUCUGGAUUCCACACUCCAUUCUCAGAGGAUUUCCUGGCUGCCUGUCAAGUGUCCCCCAAGGGUACACGUCAUCCUCUCUGCAUGCUCAGACCAGCAGGUGUUACAUACCCUGCGACAGACCCUCAAGGACCCCAGUGCCUACUGGGAGGUGAAGGCCCUGUCUGGGUGCCAAGGACAGGAGUUCAUCCAGCUGCUACUGCAUGCAGAAAGGAGGACGCUGAGCCCAGGUCAGAGGGACAUCCUCUGGGCCAGCCUCCCAGAGUGCGGACACCCAGGGCGGCUACGGCUGGCCUUUGAGGAGGCUCGGAAAUGGGCUUCCUUCACUGUACCAGUGCCCUUGGCCACCACAGCUGAGGAAGCCACACACCAGCUCUGCAUCCGCCUGGAGGAGACACACGGGCAGCUGCUGGUGGCUCAUGUACUGGGCUACAUUGUGUCUUCCAGGUACGGUCUGUCGGAGGCGGAGCUGAAGGACGUGCUGUCUUUGGACGAUGAGGUCCUGCAGGCCGUGUACCAGGACUGGACACCACCCAGCAAGGAGCUCCUACGCUUCCCGCCACUGCUGUGGGUGCGGCUCCGCCGUGACCUGGGACAUUGCUUGACCAGGAGGCCCGUGGAUGGUUGCACGCUGCUGACCAUUGCACACAGACAGCUGUCCAAGGUGAUCCAGGUUCGAUACCUGUCUGGACCUGAGAGACCCAAGAGACACGGCGUGCUAGCUGAAUUCUUCUCUGGAGCCUGGAGCCAAGGCACCAAGAAACUCAUCACCCUGCCCCUUGUGGGGAAGCCCAUUAACCUGGACCGCAAGGUGGCCCCACAGCCGCUAUGGUUCUCAGACACAGUGGCCAACCGGAGGAAGCUGACAGAACUGCCCUUCCAUCUACUGCAUGCGGGUCGCAUGGAGGAGCUGAAGCAGGAGGUGCUGGGGAACAUGAGCUGGAUCUCCUGUAGGAGCAUCUCUGGGGGCAUUGAGGACCUGAUGGAUGACUUUGACAUGUGUGCCCCUCACAUGGACUCUCCUGAGGUUGGCCUGGUCAGAGAAACCCUCCAGCUGUGCCGCCCUGCUGUGGAGCUCCGCGGCAUGGAGAAUAGUGUCCUAUACACCGAGCUCCUGGCCAGGCUCCUUUUCUUUGCUACGUCGUAUCCAGCAAUGAUCGGGCAGCUGUGCCAACAAGCACAGAGCUGGUUCCGUGCCUGCCCACACCCAAUGCUGGUGCCCUUGGCAGGAUUUCUACAGCCACCUGGGGGAAGACUUCGAGCCACUCUCACUGGAUGUCACAAAGGGGUCACCGCCAUAGCAUGGAGCCUGGAAGAGAAGCUGCUGGUGGUGGGCACCCAAGAUGGCGCCACGGUAGUGUGGGAUGUGGAGGAACAACAGGUGGUCCACGUUCUAACAGGACACACAGCUGAGGUGAGGUGCAUUCGAGUGUUUGCCCUAGGGACUCUCGCCAUCUCUGCCUCAAAGGACCGCACCCUGCGCCUAUGGAGCCUGCUCUCUGGCCAGGAGAAACUCACCAUUUUGGACAGAGGCUCACCAACUUCCACGGAGCCUCAGAGCUGGGAGCUCCAUGUGGAUGAGAUGAACAAAGUCGUAUACUUGACAUCUAGUGCAAAGAUCAGCGUGUGGAAUCUGGAAACCGCGAAGCUGGUUUUCUGUAUCCCAGGAGAUGCGUCUGACCCCUGGGCCUGCGUGGCAGUGCUGGCUGCUCGGGGUGUGCUGCUCGCCGUGUCCAAGGGCAGUCAAGUCAGUCUGUGGGACUCAGCCACGGGAAAGCUGCAGGAGAAACACCAGCUUUCCAGCAUCAAAGAGGAGACACCCACCUGUGCCGUCUCUAUCCAGACAUGGGCAAAGCUGGUCACUGGCUUCAGCAGCGGCUCCAUCUUCCUGGUUUCCUCAGGAGAAGACAGGUUGCUGGAGAAGCUUCCAGAAGCUGUGGGGUUCCUGGUGGUGUCUGAAGAUGAUUCCGUUCUUGCAGCAGGCUUCGGAAGAUCUGUGCGGGUUUUCUUAGCCGACUCUCAGGGCUUCCACCGGUUCAUGGCCACGGAUCUGGAACACGAGGACGUGGUAGAGACAGCAGCUGUGGGUCCUGAGAACAACAUGAUCGUCACAGGCUCCCGGGAUGCACUCAUACAGGUGUGGAGUCUGUCAGAACAGGGCACCCUGCUGGAUGUCCUCGAGGGCGUGGGAGCCCCUGCGAGCCUGCUGGUCCGGGGCGGGACUCUGGUGGCGUCUGCUUCCUCAGAGUCUUCGUCUGUGAAAGUCUGGGAUCUCAGGUCCACUCAGAAGCCAAGGCCUCCUACUCCGUUUCUGGACCGCACGGGCCUCGCUGUGGUGUCCCAUCAUGGCAGCUACGUCUACUUCCCCAAGGUCGGGGACAAAAACCAAGUCACGAUUUGGGAUUUGGCAGAAGGUGAGGAACAGGAUUCCCUGGACACGUCCAAUGAGGUCCGGUGUCUGGAGGUGGCCGAGCAGGCCAAGCUCCUCUUCACAGGCCUGGUUUCGGGGAUUGUGCUUGUGUUCCCCCUGAAUUCCAGGCAAGAUGUGCUGUGUAUCCCCCCACCCGAGGCCCGCAAGGCUGUCAACUGCAUGUCCCUGAGCCAGAGUGAGGACCGACUGGCCAUCGCCUAUGACAACAUCGUCCUGGUGCUGGACAUCAGCCCCGGGGACCCAUGUCCCACCAUCGAGGGCCCCACCUACACCUUUUACACCCAGCUGCCGGAGACCAUAGCAAGUGUGGCCGUGCUGGCCGACUACCGUGUUCUCUACGGCAUGACUGACGGCGGCCUCUUCCUGUACAACUGUGCAAGCUCCAAAGUCUUCCCGCUGGAGGCCCACGGGAGCAGGGUGAGCUGCGUGGCGGUCAGCCACGGGGAGCAGCUGGCCGUGAGUGGGGCAGAGGAUGCGCUGCUCUGCCUCUGGGACCUGCAAGCUUGCAGGGGGAUGUUCGAGAUGAGCUAUGAGAGCUCCUACUGCAGAGGGGUGCGGUGUGCCUGCUUCUCGAAGGACGACAAGUACGUAUUUGCAGGCAUGAAGGACCGCUCCAUCAUUGCCUGGAGUGCGCUGGACGGCACCCUGCUGGCUGUCCAGUUUGUCCACGCUGUCAUCAGCCGAAUCAUCCCCACCUCCAAUGGCUUCAUGGCCCCCACAAGCCACGGCUAUCUCAUCAGAGAACAUUUCCAGUGCCCAUCAGCCAGAGCCUCCCAGCAAGAUCCUCUCAAGAACUUCAAGAGGGCAGUGUGGUUAGUCAAGAGGCAAAGGAAAGAGCAGCUGACUGCCGCAGAGGCCUCUCAGGACACAGGGGGGUGGGGCCCGCGCAAGCGCGACCUGGGCUCCAGCGGAGGCGGGGCAGACACGGCUGUGACUUCCAACAUGGCGCAUGCAGGCGGCGGAGGCUCCGCGGGCCGGGGAUUCGGCGGCUCCCGCUGGGGUCGUUCGGGCUCCGGAGGCCACGAGAAGCUGCCGGUGCACGUGGAGGAUGCUCUCACCUACCUCGACCAGGUGAAGAUCCGCUUUGGCAGCGACCCUGCCACCUAUAAUGGCUUUCUGGAGAUCAUGAAGGAGUUCAAAAGCCAGAGCAUUGACACCCCUGGCGUCAUCAGGCGUGUGUCCCAGCUCUUCCAUGAGCACCCUGACCUCAUUGUGGGGUUUAAUGCUUUCCUCCCGCUUGGAUACCGCAUAGACAUUCCCAAGAACGGCAAGUUGAACAUCCAGUCUCCUUUGACCAGCCAGGAGAACUCCCACAGCCAUGGUGACUGUGGUGAGGACUUCAAGCAGAUGUCCUACAAGGAGGACAGAGGCCAGGUGCCCCUGGAGUCAGAUUCUGUGGAGUUCAACAAUGCUAUCAGCUAUGUGAACAAGAUCAAGACCCGCUUUCUGGACCACCCUGAGAUCUACAGGUCCUUCCUAGAGAUCCUUCACACCUACCAGAAGGAACAGCUGCACACUAAGGGUCGUCCGUUCCGUGGCAUGUCUGAGGAGGAGGUCUUCACAGAGGUGGCCAAUCUCUUUCGUGGUCAGGAGGAUCUGCUGUCGGAGUUCGGACAGUUCUUGCCUGAGGCAAAGCGAUCUCUGUUCACAGGCAGUGGGCCAUGUGAGAUGAACAGCGUACAGAAGAAUGAGGAGAAGAGUCUGGAACACAGCAAGAAGCGCUCACGGCCCUCACUCCUGCGCCCUGUGUCUGCUCCUGCCAAGAAGAAGAUGAAGCUCCGGGGCACCAAAGACCUGUCCAUUGCUGCCGUGGGGAAGUACGGCACACUGCAGGAGUUCUCCUUCUUUGAUAAGGUGCGCAGGGUGCUGAAGAGCCAGGAGGUGUAUGAGAACUUUCUGCGCUGCAUUGCGCUCUUCAACCAGGAGCUGGUGUCCGGCUCUGAGCUGCUGCAGCUUGUCAGCCCGUUUCUGGGGAAAUUUCCAGAGCUCUUCGCACAGUUUAAGUCCUUCCUGGGAGUGAAAGAGCUGUCCUUUGCGCCACCCAUGAGUGACCGCUCUGGAGACGGCAUUAGCAGAGAAAUUGACUACGCGUCUUGUAAGCGAAUUGGAUCCAGCUAUCGGGCACUUCCCAAGACCUACCAGCAGCCCAAGUGCAGCGGGAGGACAGCCAUCUGCAAGGAGGUUCUGAAUGACACAUGGGUGUCCUUCCCGUCCUGGUCUGAAGACUCUACCUUUGUCAGCUCCAAGAAGACACCCUAUGAGGAGCAGCUGCAUCGCUGUGAGGAUGAGAGGUUUGAGUUAGACGUUGUCCUGGAGACCAACCUGGCCACCAUCCGCGUGCUGGAGAGCGUGCAGAAGAAGUUGUCGAGGAUGGCACCUGAGGACCAGGAGAAGCUCCGCCUGGAUGACUGCCUGGGCGGCACAUCAGAGGUGAUCCAGCGCCGAGCCAUCCACCGCAUCUAUGGUGACAAGGCCCCCGAAGUCAUCGAGAGCCUCAAGAGGAACCCUGUCACCGCUGUGCCUGUUGUUCUGAAAAGGCUGAAGGCCAAGGAAGAGGAGUGGCGGGAGGCCCAGCAGGGCUUCAACAAAAUCUGGCGCGAGCAGUAUGAGAAGGCGUACCUCAAGUCCCUGGACCACCAGGCCGUGAACUUCAAGCAGAAUGACACCAAGGCUCUGCGCUCCAAGAGUCUGCUCAAUGAGAUCGAAAGUGUCUAUGACGAGCACCAGGAGCAGCACUCAGAGGGCCGGAGUGCACCAUCCAGCGAGCCACACCUCAUCUUCGUGUACGAGGACCGGCAGAUUCUGGAGGAUGCGGCUGCGCUCAUCAGCUACUAUGUGAAGCGGCAGCCAGCCAUCCAGAAGGAGGACCAGGGCACCAUCCGCCAGCUGCUUCAUCGUUUUCUGCCCAGCUUGUUCUUCUCGCAGCAGAGCCCUGGCGCCUCUGACGACUCCGCAGAUGAGCGCGAGCGUGAUGGGGAGCCCGAGCGCAGGCGGCCGGCCGAUGAGAAGCCCCCAGCGGACACGCCACCCGAGCCUCCCAAGGCCCUGGACGACGUGUACAGCCUGUUCUUUGCAAACAACAACUGGUACUUCUUCCUGCGGCUGCACCAGACGCUGUGCGCACGCCUGCUCAAGAUCUACCGGCAAGCGCAGAAGCAGCUGCUCGAGCAUCGGCGUGAGCAGGAGCGGGAGCAGCUGCUGUGUGAGGGUCGCCGCGAGAAGGCCGCCGACCCUGCCAUGGAGCUGCGCCUGAAGCAGCCCAGUGAGGUGGAGCUGGAGGAGUACUACCCGGCCUUCCUGGACAUGGUGCGCAGCCUGCUGGAGGGGAGCAUCGACCCCACUCAGUAUGAGGACACCCUCCGCGAGAUGUUCACCAUCCAUGCCUACAUCGGCUUCACCAUGGAUAAGCUGGUGCAAAACAUUGCUCGCCAGCUUCACCACCUGGUGAGCGACGACGUGUGUCUGAAGGUGGUGGAGCUGUACCUGAAUGAGCAGCAGCGAGGGGCAGCAGGCGGGAACCUGUCGUCCCGCUGUGUCCGUGCUGCCCGGGAGACAAGCUACCAGUGGAAGGCAGAGCGUUGCAUGGCCGAUGAGAACUGCUUCAAGGUAAUGUUCCUGCAGCGCAGAGGACAGGUGAUCAUGACCAUAGAGCUCCUGGACACCGAGGAGGCACAGGCAGAGGACCCUGUGGAGGUGCAGCACCUGGCUCGCUAUGUGGAGCAGUACGUGGGGACUGAGGGUGCAUCCAACUCGCCCACUGAGGGCUUCCUGCUGAAGCCGGUGUUCCUGCAGAGGAACCUGAAGAAAUUCCGGCGCUGGCAGUGUGAGCAGGUGCGUGCCCUGCGCGGUGAGGCCAAGAGCUCGUGGAAGCGGCUCAUGGGCGUGGAGAGCGCUUGCGAUGUGGACUGCCGCUUCCGCCUGGGCACACACAAGAUGGUGUUCGUUGUCAACUCUGAGGACUACAUGUACCGACGCGGGACGCUGUGCCGUGCCAAACAGUUGCAGCCCCUAGUGCUGUUACGCCACCACCGCCACUUCGAGGAGUGGCACGGCCGCUGGCUGGAGGACAAUGUGACUGUGGCUGCUGCAGGGCUGGUGCAGGACUGGCUGAUGGGUGAGGAGGAAGAGGACAUGGUGCCCUGCAAGACGCUCUGCGAGACUGCGCACGUGCACGGGCUGCCUGUGACGCGCUACCGCGUGCAGUACAGCCGUCGCCCUGCGUCACCGUGAGCAGCUGGAAGAGGCCCCAGCACGUGAACCCCACCCCCACCCCAUGUGUGAUGCCCCAACAGGGCCGUAGUCACUUUGAGCCCGAGGUCACAGCUUGACCUCAAACAAGCAGGAGCUGUAUGUAGCUCUUGCAGUACAGCGCAGACCCUGGGCAACGGCGGGGGUCCCGCACGGGCAGCCCCUCCCGCAGAAUUCUAGAUGCUUAUGCACAAGUAUUUAUUCCUUCCUGCGCUCGUAGUGGUUGUGACUUUCGCAGCAGCAGCUCCCCUGGCUUUCCACGGGUGAGACCUCCUUGUGGGCCCGCAAACCUCCCGCUGUCCAGCAGCUGCUCUCCGCAGGCUCCCAUCGCUGUGCCAAACCCAAGGUUCCAGAGAGCACCUGUUCUCCAUGUUUCCUGAACCGGUUUUUGACCCCGGGCCUGGGCACCCGGGAGCAGAUGUGCCUACCCAGGCCCAACUGCGUGCCUCACAAGGGAUCCACGGGCACCUUGAGCACAUCCUAGUUUCCAGAGAAGGGCGUUGCUCAUGGGGACCCCGAGCCCCAGGCCCCUCUGGGCCUCCAUUCCCCAGCAAGGAGGCCAGGCACCUUCGCAUGCUUCUGGGCAGCCACUCCUUAACGUUUUUGAGGAAUUUAUGUUCCGGCCUUGACCUCCCUUCGCAGCUGUUUUGAAUGUAGUUUUCUUUUUCUAUUUAUUUGCACAUUAAAGUUAAAUAUUG